CCCCAGCCAGUCGCCACGGAGAGAGCCAGGGGGAAGGACCCGAUUUCCCCCCCAGCCCGGGAAGCCCCCCUGCCACCACCGCCGGCUCUCUGCGGCUCCAUCCCCGCGGCGCAGGAACGAGCUGGUGUGUUCCUCCUAGAACCCCAAAUCAUCUUAUCUGGCCCAGUUGGUGUGAGAAGUGGGAUCAGCUGUACGGCGAGUGACCUCAGCACAGGCCCGGUGGGGACGAGGCUUGUGGCCUGGAGGUUCCCAACAGGCCUACCAGGGAGUCACCGUUGGGGAUCAAGAGUCGGAGUGGAGAGUCAGCUACCGUCUCCCUGCUGAGCUAAGAAAAUGGCCGCCACUCAAGAGGUGCCUCCCCCAGCCCUGGGCCUCCAUUUCCUGUAUCCGCUGGAGGAGACGAUGGCACCACGGGUGAAAAUGGAGGAGCCCGAACCGCUAGGCCCAGAGCCAGGCUGGGAGUGGGAGGCGGCCAGCAAGGCGCCAUGGCUGGUGCAGGCCGGGACCAUUGGGGAGCUGCUGAGGUGGGCGGCUCCUCAGCAGGCCCGGCCUGAGGAGACACCCCAAUGCUGGUGGGGGCAACGGUCGCCCCUGGAAGUCCUCCCGCCUUGGGAGAGCCCCACCCUGCCAGACAACAGCGCCCUCUUUGGGCAAGCAACCGACGCCUGCCCAUGGCCCCGAGGGGAGCGCUUGGCACGACUCACGCCAACCCUCAGCAGCGAGGCCUUCAGCAGCUCACGGGCAGGGGAUGCCAAGGAUUAUGGGAAGGUGAAGGCGGCCAUCUUGGGAGCAGAGAGGGCAGCCAUCUUGGGAGAGCAGUUAACGCGACUCACGCCAACCCUCAGCAGCGAGGCCUAUCGCAGCCUAGAGCCUGGAGAUGCCAAGGAUUAUGGGAAGGCUGCCAUUUUGGGAGUGGAUAGGGCAGCCAUUUUGGGAGUGGACAAGACAGCCAUCUUGGGAGAGCCAUUACCGCGUCUCACACCAACCCUCAGCAGCGAGGCCUAUCGCAGCCUAGAGGGUGGAGAUGCUAAGGAAUACGGGAAGGCAGCCCUUUUGGGGGUGGAUAGGGCAGCCAUUUUGGGAAUGGACAAAGCAGGCAUCUUGGGAGAGCAGUUGAUGCGACUCACGCCAACCCUUAGCAGUGAGGCCUAUCGCAGCCUAGAGGCCGGAGAUGCCAAAGAUUAUGGGAAGGCUGCCAUUUUGGGGGUGGAUAGGGCUGCCAUUUUAGGAGUGGACAAGGUGACCAUGUUGGGAGAGCAGUUGACACGACUCACACCAACCCUCAGCGGUGAGGCCUACCGCAGCCUGGGGACAGGAGAUGCCAAGGAUUAUGGGAAAGCUUCCAUUUUGGGGGCAGAUAGGGCAGCCAUCUUGGGAGUGGACAAGGAGGCCAUCUUGGGAAUGGACAAGGCGGCCAUCUUAGGAGAGCAGUUGACGCAUCUCACGCCAACCCUCAAUGGUGAGGUCUACCGGAGCCUGGAGGCCAGAGAUGCCAAGGGUUAUGAGAAGGCAGUCAUCAUGGGAGAGCAGUUGACACAAUUCAUGCCAGCCCUCAGCAGCGAGGCCUACCGUAGCCUAGAGGCUGGAGAUGCCAAGGAUUAUGGGAAAGCUGCCAUUCUGGGGGCAGACAAGGCAGCCAUCUUGGGAAUGGACAAGGCAGCCAUCUUGGGAGUGGACAAAGUGGCCAUCUUGGAAGAGCAACAGACACAAUUCAUGCCAACCCUCAGUGGCGAGGCCUACCGCAGCCUGGAGGCCGGAGACACCAAAGAUUAUGGCAAAGCGGCCAUCUUGGGUGUUGGCAAGGCAGCCAUCUUGGGAGUGGGCAAGGCUGCGGCAGAGAGGUGGCGCCAGUGCUUCCGAGGAUUCAGCUACCAGGAGGCUGGUGGGCCACGGGAGGCCUGGGCCCGGCUCCGGGAGCUCUCCCGCCGCUGGCUGGAGCCCCAGCGCCGCACCAAGGAGCAGAUCCUGGAGCUGCUGGUCCUGGAACAGUUCCUGAGCAUCCUGCCGGGGGAGAUGCAGAGCUGGGUCUGGGAACGAGGUCCCGAGACCUGCGCCGAGGCCGUGGCCCUGGCCGAGGGCUUCCAGCGGGGUCGGCCGGAGGCCGGGAUGUGGGAGCAGCAGGUCACUGUGCGGGUGAAGGUGGAAAAACCCAGCAUGGAGGAGACGCCGUGUGCAGGAGCAUCAUGGGAAACUCCCCUGCCCCCACUGCCCCGUCCCCAGGAGGGGGCGACACUGAGCCGGCCCGGCCCCGAGCUACCCUGCAUCCCCAAGGAAGAGCCCCAGCCGCCCCCGGCAGCCAUAAUGGAGGAUGCGAAUCCGCAGCAGAAAAGUCCAAAGGAGGCCAAAGUGCCCAGCACCUGUCCCCCAAAAUCCGAUGGGGACCGGGGCCCUGGGAGUCAGGGUAGGGCUGAUGUCCCCCAGCCGCCGAGGGAACUCACCCAGCAUGCCCAUGACCCUGAUGCUGUGUCUGGCUCCCAUCCAAUCCAGGGGCCUCACCUUUGCCCCCAAUGUGGCCGGAGCUUCCGCCAGAGUUCUGCCCUCAUGGCUCACCAGCGGACCCACACUGGCGAGAAACCUCACCAGUGCCCGCAGUGCGGGAAGAGCUUCUCCCGGGGCUCCCAGCUCACUCGUCAUCUGCGAAUCCAUGGGGCAGAGAGAUCCCACCGCUGCCAUCAAUGCAGCCGGAGUUUCUACCACAGCUCCGAGCUGGCCAGGCACCGGGCCUCCCACAGCAAGGACCGGCCCUACGGGUGCAGCCAGUGCGGGAAGAAGUUCCGUUGGCGCUCCGACCUGGUGCGCCAUCAAAUCACCCACACUGGCGAGCGUCCCUACGGCUGCCCAGAGUGUGGCAAGAACUUUGGGCAGAGCUCCCACUUGGUGAGGCACCGCAGGACCCACACAGCCAAUCCAUCACAUCCCUGGCUAGGACCUUCCAAUGGCUUCCCCCUCCCCAAGGCCGACGUGAAGUGGAUGGAGCGAGGGGAAGAGCCGUGGAACCCUGAUCUCCUAUCGCCUGAGGCUGAGGGGACCCCCGGUGAGAUCCACACAGCAGCUGCCGGGGCGGCUGCAGCCCCGACCCCCCGCUGCAAGCCGGCCGGCCGCUCCUACCAGUGCCCGGGGUGCAGGAAAUCCUUCCAGCAGAGCUCGCACCUGCUCCAGCACCAGACCACGCACACGGGUGAGGGGCCCUACCGCUGCCCCGACUGCGGCCGGGCCUUCAGCCAGAGCUCUGACCUGGUGCGGCACCAGCGCGUCCACACGGGCGAGCGCCCCUACCGCUGCCCCGACUGCGGCCGGGCCUUCAGCCAGAGCUCCAACCUGCUCCAGCACCGGCGCACCAACUCCGGCGCCCGCCCCUUCCGCUGCGCCCAGUGCGGCAAGGCCUUCGGCCGCAGCUCCCACCUGCUCAACCACCAGGCCACCCACUCCGGCGAGCGGCCUUUCGGCUGCGCCGAUUGCGGCAAGCGCUUCGGCCACAGCUCCAGCCUGCACAAACACCGGCGCGUCCACACUGCCCAGCGGCCCUUUGGCUGCGCCGACUGCGGCGAGCGCUUCCUUCGGAGCGCCGACCUGCUCAAACACCGGCGCAUCCACGCUGGCGAGCGGCCCUUCGGCUGCACUGACUGCAGCAAACGCUUCCUCCAGAGCUCCGAUCUGCUCAAACACCAGCAUGUCCACACUGGGGAGAAGCCCUACACCUGCGGGGAGUGCGGGCGUGGCUUCAGCCAGCGCUCCCACGUGGUCAAACACCGCCGGGUCCACAGCCGGGACAAGACCUGAAGCGGCUGCGGUUUGGGGUUGCCCGUGAACUUGGCGGGAGUUCAAAGCCAGCGGCUCGUUCACGAGGUGUUUGUUUGCGAUGUCUUGUGAACUCCAUUCGGCUGCCCACGCUUCAUCGGUAGGGCCCGUGUCUUCCGGCACCGAAAACAGACUCAUUUCGGAUUUGCGAAGCUUUGUUGUUUGGAAAUAUCGGUCACGCAUUAUUUUAAUACCAAAAAUACACGUAUCGGCAAACAUGAGCAAUGUAUAAUCCUUUUACGGCACGAAAAUGCGGUAGCCUACAUUACAAUGUUGACGGACACUUUGACAUUUUUUUUUUUUACAACCAAAAUUGUCAGUUUUAGAACAUAAGAAAUGUAUGAGGUGCUCAUCGCUAUAAAUACAAAACAAAAUUCUUGCCGAGCAAGACUGUGCAAUUAAAAUAAAAGUUGGAUUAUUGUUUUCUG